GACUUUUUCUAUUUUCAAAGACCAGCUGAAAGUAGGAGGCUUUGAGUAAGACUUCAUUCUGAUGUCAACAAAAUCUCUCACAAUUUAGCAAUUUGUAAGACAAAUAUUUCCAAAUUCAAUAAAACCGUUUCCUUUUUGCAAUGGCCGAUAAUUGGAAAACUCAGCAAGUCCAGGAACUGCAGGCGAAUUCCUUGAUGGAGUCCCAGGAGCUGUCCAUACCCGAUAGCAAGUCCUCCGAGAUGGACUUCCCCGCCGAUUUGGUGAUCAAUGAUAUAUUAUCCGAGUCCAUCAAAUCCGAAGAUUCCAUUGUCAAGCAGCCAUCCCCUCACAUCUCCUUCCGAGCUCUGGCCCGUCUGGUUUUGACACUCAAAGGAAGUCCCAAGAAGGAACCAACACAUCAAUCGGAGAACAUUGAUUACUGGCGUAACCUUGCCGAAUCUCGUGGCGAGGCUAAUAAACGUUUUCAGCGGGUCAUUGAAAUCCAACAGAAGAGGAUCGAUACCCUAGAGAAUGAUCUGCGUAACCUGAUCACCAUGGCCCGCGAGACCCAAAAACUGCUGGCCGAGAUCGGAGUCGAGAAGAGGGCCAGCCAAGAACUUGGCCAAGGCGAGACUGCCAACUAGAUUUUCCACGAUUUCUACUUUCGAACAUUCUUUAGAAGCUUUAAUAAACCAAUAGUUCAUGUUUA